AUGGGCCUUGGUGGGGGAACAGGGAGCAUUUCCUUUACGAGCCCCGCUUUCAGAGAGGCUUCUCAGGCGGCUCGCAGGGCCCGCUCCACAAACGACCGCAUGAGCCAAGAUGCCCCUUCUCCCUCUAGACGCAGGGCUCGGUCACCCUUCGAUGAUUCUGAUUCAGAUGACCAGCCGCUGGCUCAGAGACGUCGGCGCCAAGCCCCUCGUCCAGCAUCCGACUCAGGCUCGUCGUCUAUCCCUUCUCCUCCCCCAACCGCAAAUGCCUCCCCUUCACUUCCCAGUGUAACUCCGCCUCCCAUCCCAAGCCAUGUAAAUGAUAUCCCUGCUCCAUCUAAAAUUCAGGUCGAGCCUCCACUGGCUCAGCCUUCCGCAUCGCAGCAACCUCAGGGCGGUGAAGCUGGCCCCUCAGAACGUCCUUCAGUUAUCCCUUCUGCCGCACCUCCUCAGGGUCCUCCUUCAGCUGCUUCCGGCUCAACUGCCAAGCCUUCAGCUUAUCCAGGCUCAGCCGCGGGUCCCUCAGAACCACCCCCGCUUACUCAUCACAAUUACUACAUUUCCUAUAUGUCCCAGGCUUGUGCGGAGUCUCUGGUAGUGAACCAUUCCUUCUAUGCUACUCAUUAUCAGAAUAAGGAGCUGCGGGACCAUGUUGUUGAACUAGAACUGCAAUUGAAUGAUCCUACCCAAGCUAGCCACGCUUUGCGGACCGAGAUAAAAGAUUUGACCAGAAAGAAGAACCGUCUGGAAGUAUCCCUAAAGCAGGCUAAGCAGGAACUUAAAGAUUUCCAAGAAAAGCAAAGCCAAGUCGAUAUUAAGCACCAGCAGAGUAUAGAUCAACAAGCUUUAGAGCAUCAACGGGCUAUGGAACAAUUGACUCAGAAGCUGCGUGCUGCCGAGACUCUGUUGCAAAAUCAAGACCAGAAGUUAAAAUCGCAGGAGGCCCUUUUGAAAUCUCAGGAGACCCAGUUGACCUCCCAAGCCACAGAAUUAGCCACUGCCCGGAAUGAACUAGCUCGGGCUCGGGCCACCAUAGAAGGCGUAUCAACAGCUCUAGCUAUUUAUAGAGAGGGAGAGAACGAUCGCUGCUUACAGAACCGUGAUUUGUAUCUACGUUCUCCGAAAUUUUGUGCACAGGUGGGACAUCGUUUCUCCACGUCUGUUAUCUAUGGGGCGGGCGGGGCUUUGCGUCAACUUUAUGAGCAGGACUACUUAAAGUCCCUUCCGCCUCCUGAAUUUUUAGACCAUGACCGGAUCCUUAAAGAGAUCCCGGAUGAAAUAUUUGCUCCUUUUGAAUGA